AUGCCACACAUCCAGGAUCCCCAAAUGAAACGAGAACCACGAACCGGUAUCGACAUUCUCGUCGUGGGAGGCGGCAUCGGCGGACUCACCUUCGCAAUCGAGGCCCACCGCAAAGGACACAAUGUGCGCGUUCUUGAACGGAAUGACGAAGGUCAAUACUCGGGUGAGAUCAUCAUGAUUACCAGCUCAGCGCUCGAAACGCCCAAGAAAUGGCCAGGAUUCUUAGAACGCCUCAGGGCCCUCGCAUCGCCACCAACCUUUGACCUGCGCAAAUACGACGGCACAUUCAUCCAACACCAUGCUCCAGGCGACUCUGCAAAUCCGUCUUUGAGCAUCUACCGGAAGAGGCUGCAUAGUUUGCUGAAUACCUACGUCAAAGAGCUCGGUAUACCCAUAACGUACGACGUGAAAGUGGACGCAUACUUUGACUCAAACACAUCAGGCGGUGUUAUUCUCAAAAGUGGUCAGAGGAUAACUGCAGAUGUGGCGGUAGCCGCAGAUGGUGAUGAGAACGGUACGGCAACAGAGAGCUGGUCGAAAACCACUUCCACGGAUAGGAUUCUGGAUGUUGUAAAGGAUUGGGAUCCUUUUGUUACGGAGGUGAUCAGGGCGACACCGAACAAUCAGGUGCUCGACUGGAAGCUGAUGUGGCGUGAUCCACAGCCGCAGUGGGUGUCGAAAGGCGGCCAUGUCGUGCAGCUGGGCGAUGCUGCCCAUCCCUUCUUGCCUACGUCAUUCAGUGGCGGCACGAUGGCCAUGGAAGACGCGUACUCGCUAGCAGCCUGUCUACAUGUUGCCGGGAAACAGCACGUUGCGCUUGCAACCAAGGUGCACAAUAAGCUGAGGUUUGAGCGAGUAUCCUGCGCGCAGAAACUAGGAUUCAAGAAUCGUGAGAUCUUUCACAACACCGACUGGAAAGACGAAAAGGCGGUGCCGACAAAGCAGCACAAGAUGGUCGGAGAUUGGUUGGUCUGUCACAAUCCCGAGAAGUAUGUUUACGAUAAGUACCACAAGUGUGCUGAGCAUUUGGACACGGGUGUCGAGUUCUUGAACACGAACAUACCGCCGGGAUACAAGUACAGACCGUGGACCGUCCGCGGGCUGCUGGGGGCCUCGGAACGUGGCGAAGUGGUUGAGGAUGAAGGCGACUGGUCCUAA